CUUCCCAUUCCUUUGCUUUCUUCCGUUUUCUUAGCCUCUUUCGGCCCCUUAUAAUUAAGCCAGGCAUGGCGGCACCCACUUCCUCACUCACUCCUUCUGCUCCUCCUCUGCUUAACCCCUUCAAGGAUAACAAUAUCUGUUUUCAGGCACUUCUUAUAUUCCUACUCUUUUCGUCAUCAAAAUGAAUAAUCCACAACAAACUGGAAAUGAGUAUGAACCUAUUGUCCCGGGGUUUGAAACCCCGCCAUCGCCCGUGUCAAGCUACAACAAUAUCUUCUACAUUACUGAAGAAGAGGAAAAGCGGGGACCACCGCGGCUCCCCCCACAUCUAAACAAGUCUGUGCUAACUGAAAUAAGCACGAGAGGAGGAGAGGCUUCAUCAUCAACGCCACCCAACCAUGUGGUGUUAAACCACAUGUACACGGAUGCUUAUACCAGGGGCAGACAAUUCCCCCUGGAAGCCGUGGCGGUGUCAACCACGCAGCGGCUUGGCUCCCAGUAUGUGACAACUGUGCUUUACAAACCGGCCCCGCGGAGGUGAAGUGGCGGCUGAUUAGUGGCAGUUGUGCUUUUUGGUUUGUUUGGAAUAGUUAGGGUUACAUUUUUAUUUUCAUGUAAUUUUAUAAUUCAAGUGAUAAAUAAAUAAAAGCUUAAACUUCGA